CGCUAAUAAGUUCACAAAUAUGUCAGAUGGGAACGACGGCGCUAAACGUGUAAGCAACGUGACGAACCUAGCAAAACCUAAUCAUCAGUUUCCUCAAUGAGUGAUACAGAACAGCCUGAAACCGAGGCUCCCGUCCCUGACGCCGCCGCAUGGCCAGAGAAUGGCGGCCAGUGGAGCGACGGAGAGACGGACGCGAUGGAAGAAUCUGGCCUCCUGCAAGAAAUGGUCGAGGAAGACGAAUCAAUUGACAUCUACAACGAAGAAACAUUUGGAGCGGAUGCGGAGAUGGAAGGGGGUGACAUUCUCGGCAGAUCUAUCGAGAACGACGCCCCAGCCCCAGCCGCAGCGGAAACGCCACCUCCACCCAAGCCUCCUUCCUCCCCUGCACCACCCUCUUCCCCUCCUCCUCCUCCUCCUCCACCUCCUCCUCCUCCUCCCCCCGGUCCUCCAUACCCACCCCGGGCGGCUCCCCGGGCGUCUCCCCCAUACACCCAGCCCACCUCCAGCCCCAUGCCCCGAGUCCAGCCGCGCUCUCCUGGGGGGGCGGUGUGGGCGCGGGGCCGCGGUCGAGGUGGCCAGAGGGGGGGUCGGGGGCAGAUCUUCGAAGACCCCGCGGUGGUGAAGAGCAUCAGGCUGCGGCCCAGCCUCAAGGUGAGAACAGGGCACAGGGCACAGGGCACAGCCUCAAGGUGA